AUGGCUGGAAUCAUCGACUUGACCAGUGACAGCGACGACGAACAUCCGAGACGGUCAGUACCUGAUAUUGGGGUCGAGGACGAGGAUGAUGAGGAUCUUAAACUAGCAAUUGCAAUGUCACUACAAGAUCAGGCGAUUUCAACGCCUUCCGCUUUCACCCUACUAGAGCAAGCAGGCCUGAAACCCUCGACUGAGGUAGUCACACCAGCAAGUAACGGAGGCCUACUUGGGCUCGAUCGCAAAGCAAUGGAAGCAGAUCGUUUGGCGCGUCUCAAACGUAAGCGUGUCAGUGAAGAUGGAAGCUUCAACAUACCAGCUGCUCCUAAAAUCACCACGUCGAUAGUCACCCCGAAGCCGGUCUCACCACCACCAAUACGGAGACAACGUCGUGCGAGUCCAGCUGAUAACAUCGAAAGUUCCCAAUCACUGUCCGAAAACCCUUUCUCAUUUGCUAAGCCAAAAGUCCUACUCACAUCGACUCCUUCGAGGCACUCGGCUACUGCACUGACGGCAGUCUCAUUUCGCGAUCUUGUGGCUCCACCUUCACCAAAUUUGACGCUCAAAUCUGCCCUUUUGUCCUCAUUCAUUGCUGAUUUCGAUUGGCUUCUACCUCACUUUGAUACCAGGAGCACUUCUUUCGUGUUCGUACUACAUGCAUUCAGCGCUCAACAUCGCCAAGAACUACAAGCCGAUUUUGCAGGAGUUCCGAAUGUGCGACUGGUAGUGCCCCAGUGUCUGGGUGGAGGAGGCAAUAUGCAUAGCAAACUCAUACUAUUGUUCUUCAAAUCGACUGACAGUGAAAAAGAUUGGGGUGCAGGAAGGGUUAUGGAGAACGUUGCCUAUAUCGUUGACUUGCCAGAAAGCCAACGCGUUUUAAUUAAAACAGAGGAACAACGUCAGCCAGAGUUUGCAAGUGAACUCAAGAAGCAGCUACGAGCGAUGGAGGUACCGGACAAUGUCCUUCAGAAGCUUGAGCAUUUCGACUUUGCUGCAACUAAGGAUAUGAGGUUUGUGGCCUCGAUUAGUCAGUCGCAGGCUCUGAGUGCGACAAUCAAAGAAGUGAAUCAGCCUGGGAUCGUAACCGACAACUCUUUUGGCGCAAAUCGUGUCAAGUCUGGAGCAAAUGCAAUAUCAGCUGCGCAGCAAUCUUCUCUGAGCACACUUGACCGAUCAAUCGAUCUGGCACGAACGGGCUUGUUGUCUCUAUCGGAUGCCAUCUAUUCCUUAGGAUUAUCAAUUUCGUCAACGGAUCCUUCGUACCCACCGCAACUGGAUUUUAUCACUUCCUCACUCGGCAACCUGAGCCAUCCCUUCGUCCGUCAACUGUACGAAGCGGCGUGUGGCACUCUGGACGUCGCAAAGAUUGCAGCCAGCAGGGCGAGGACGAAGACAAGUACCAAAGCCUUAGGAACCGUGAACGAUAACAUAGGACUAGAUGUCACAGUCAGGAAGAAUCUGCGAAUUUACUUCCCAACUGAUCAAACAGUGCAAGCGUCUGCGGGUGGCGCUGCAUCAGCAAGCACGAUUUGUUUUCAGAAGAAGUGGUGGGAGACAAACGAACUCAUUCAAGAAUGCUUACAUGAUUGCAUAGGAGGGAAAGGAGAUGGGAUACUGAUACAUAGCAAGGUAUGUGUCGCGUUGUUUUAA